AUGGGCCACCUCACGGGCCUAAACAGAUUCUCCGCCGCCGGCGAUGGUCUCCCCACCGCCGCCGCCAGACACAGAGCCACCCGCUCCCGUAGGGGCUUCGGCAACAUCCGCCUCACGAUCAUCUGCGCACUCAUCACCAUCCUUGUCCUGCGAGGCACCGUCGGCGUCAACCGCAUCUUCCCUGACGCCGCCGCCACCACUGCCGAAGCCGAACUCCACCGCCUCGUCCAAGAAGCUAACCUCCUUACCGCCAAAAUCCGUUCCGACGACGAUGGUAGCGACGAUCCGCCCGAUGAAAAAUCUGAAUCUAAUUCGACCUACAUUUUGGGACCCAAAAUCUCCGGCUGGGACGGCGCGAGAAAAACUUGGCUCCACCGGAACCCUAAUUUUCCCAGCCACGUAAAUGGGGAAGCUCGAGUCUUGCUCGUGACAGGGUCGCCGCCGACCCCGUGCGACAACUCGAUCGGCGAUCACUAUUUGCUGAAGUCCGUGAAGAAUAAGAUCGAUUAUUACUGGAUCCAUGGCAUUCAGAUUGUCUACAAUUUGGCCCAUCUCGACGCCAAGCUCACCGGUUACUGGGCGAAGCUGCUGCUGAUACGGCGGCUGAUGCUGGCUCACCCGGAGGUGGAGUGGAUAUGGUGGAUCGACAGCGACGCCAUGUUCACCGACAUGGCUUUUGAAAUCCCAUUUCAGAAAUACAAUCAUCACAAUCUUGUUCUUCAUGGCUAUCCUGACUUGUUGUUCGAUCAAAAGUCAUGGAUCGCGCUGAACACGGGGAGCUUUCUGCUAAGGAAUUGUCAGUGGUCGUUGGACUUGCUCGACGCCUGGGCUCCGAUGGGGCUGAGAGGUCGGGUCCGAGACGAAGCGGGGAAGAUCUUGAUGAAGAAUUUGGAGGGUCGACCGGCGUUUGAGGCCGACGAUCAAUCUGCACUCAUAUACUUGCUGAUCACCAGGAAAGACGAGUGGAUGGACAAGAUUUUCGUGGAAAAUUCUUACUAUCUUCAUGGGUAUUGGGUGGGGCUGGUGGAUAAGUACGAGGAAAUGGCUGGCAAGUAUCAUCCAGGUUUAGGCGAUGAGAGGUGGCCAUUUGGGACGCAUUUCGUCGGCUGCAAGCCCUGCAACAGCUAUGGCGAUUAUCCGGCGGAGAAGUGCCUAAGAAGCAUGGAGAGGGCUUUCAAUUUUGCAGACAAUCAAGUGCUCGAGUUUUAUGGGUUUGGCCAUAGAGGCCUUUUGAGUCCUAAGGUUAAGAGCAUCAAGAACGAGACGGCUACACCUCUAAGUACGGUGGAAAAGCUCCGGCGACCAAAAUAA